AUAACCUGACACCGGUUAUAUGUAAGCGGUGUUGUUUGUUGGUAGUUUCGUAUUUGCAGGUUUUGUUCUUCGAUUGAUACAAAACAAAAAGGUGACAAAGAAGAGAAAACAUUGAAUGUUGACGCAAAUAUUCUCCCAGUUUUGUUGGCGAUCUUUUUCAAGACCUUUUCAGCGUCAAACCAUCAUGACUUCUAGCGCUAAACUUCGAUUUCUUCGCCAAGAAGAAGCCCAAAACAUCGACCAGGAAUUAUUCACCACAUAUGGAUUCAGUGUUGACCAGUUGAUGGAAUUGGCCGGUUAUAGCUGUGCCAUAGCCGCCGGCCGUAGUUACCCUUCGCUCUUGAAAGGGGCUUCGGUCCUCAUUUGUUGUGGUCCUGGAAACAACGGAGGAGAUGGCUUAGUCUGUGCAAGACACCUGAAGAUGUUCGGCAGCGAACCAACAAUAUUUUACCCCAAGUGUCCCGAUAAACCCCUCUUUAAAAAUCUGCGGCUGCAAUGUGAGAAAAUGAAUCUUCAAUUCUUGGACAGUUUCCCCACCGAUCAACGGGAUAUUGAUGAGAAAUACGGUUUGAUAAUCGAUGCCAUAUUUGGUUUUAGUUUCAAAGGCCCGGUCCGUGGGACAUUCGCUCCGGUUUUGGAGAUGCUUAAGAAAGUCAGUUGCCCCAUACUGAGCGUGGACGUGCCGUCGGGGUGGGAUGUGGAGGCAGGCGCUGAAGAUGGGCUC